GCAGCGGCUGUGCCGGCACAUGGCACCGGUGCAGGAUGAGGCCGGUACCAACAACCGCGGUUGUACCAACAUCACCACGUCACCAUCACUGCAGCGGCUGCACCGGAACCACCGCAGCUUCCAACGCACCAUAGAGACCUUCCAAGAGCCGGCACCGAUGGAGGCCUCCCUGUGCCAUAGGCACCAAUGGCACCAGGCCCAGCACCAUAACCCAUCCUGGCACAGGGUCCAUGGCUGCUGUGCGGUGGUGGAGCCGGUGAUGGACACUGGGCACCAGAGUGGGACCGACCCCAGCCCCAUGGCACAGACCCAUAGGGAAACCUCCUCCCCACGGCAGAGCCAUAAGCACCGAAGCUGCACCAGGGAUGGGCACCAGUUACCCCAUGGCACCGGUACCAUUGUCAACCAUGAACUGCGGCGGUGCCGGCACAGAGCGGGCAGGGAACUAUGGGAACCGGAGCUCAACCGGGAGCCAUAUGGGCAGGAGGGUCUCACCGCAUCACUCCAGUGCCACAAUGGAGAACCAGACCCAUUGCCAGGCUGCGGUUGUAGCUGUGGUUGUAGCUGCGGUUGUGCCAUGGCCUGGAUGCAUCCGGAGCCGCCGGUGCCAAGGAGCUGCCAUAGGCAACCACGUGGCACUAACAUGGUGAAGGUCAUUGCCAGGAGCUUCGAGAUGCGGUCGCGCCAGGACCCACAUUGUGGCAAAGCCACAGCCAGAGAUGGUGUCAGGUGUGGGGCCAUGAUUGAAUAAAGGCACAACCGAA